UUAUUUUGUCGGGCUAACUCUCACAACAAUCUGUGAAUUUGUAGAAACACAAAAGUUACGAAAAUGUGUGGAAUUUUUGCGAUACUAUCGAAGGAUGGCAAUCCGCUUUUGCCAAAGAUUUUCCAUGGCAGUGUCCAUAGUUUGCGCGAAAUAGCCUAUCGCCAAAGUGGAAAACAACGGCAUCGGGGUCCGGACGAGACGGGGGUUAAAGUUAUAGCAGAACAUGGUGUAGCCCUGGUACAUGAAAGGCUGGCUGUGAUUGGGGUGAAGACUGGGCGUCAGCCGCUGUUUUCUAAGGAUGGGAACAUAGUGCUGGUGGCCAAUGGAGAGAUCUACAAUUAUAUGGAAAUGAGUGAGAAAAUAGCAAAAAACCGCUCAAAGUAUGAGCCCAAAAGUGACUGCAAUGUUAUAAUCGAAUUAUACGAACUAUAUGGAGAGAAGCUGUUGGACCACAUCACUGGCAUGUUCGCAUUUGUGCUGUACGAUAAGAGCAAGAGAAGCAUUUUAAUUGCCCGAGAUCCUUUCGGAAUUAUACCGUUAUACAUGGGCACCGAUGCCGAUGGAAAUGUUUGGGUGGCGUCGGAAAUGAAGUGUAUGAUCGAAUUCUGUACAAGUAUGAAAAAUUUCCCCCCAGGCCACUAUGCAAUGGGCCAACCAGGAAACCUAAAUCCCCUGCCGUUUUAUAGUCGCACCUGGCAGAGAGAGGUUCCCAUGAAUCCGGUGAAAGUGGAUGAUUUACGCAAGAAUUUAGAAAAAGCGGUACGUUCCCAUUUGCAAUGUGACGUACCAUUUGGAGCCUUGCUUUCGGGUGGUGUGGAUUCCAGCCUUAUUGCUUCCGUCGCGACGAAAAUUAUGCGAGAGCGGGAUGCAAAGUAUCGUCUUCGUACAUUCUCGGUGGGUAUGGUAGGAUCGCCCGAUUUUAAAUAUGCCCGCAAGGUUGCCGACUACAUUGGCAGUGACCACACCGAAGUGGUUUUCACCGUAGAAGAUUGCUUGGAUGGCGUCCGCGAUUUAAUAUAUCAUCUGGAGUCGUAUGACGUAGCGACGGUGCGCUGCAGUUUGCCCAUGUUUUAUUUGUCUCGUCACGUGAAGAGUACAGGCAUUAAGAUGAUUCUCUCCCGAGAAGGAGCUGACGAAGUUUUCGGUGGCUAUUUGUACUUCUUCAAGGCGCCAACGUUGGCUGAAUUCCACAAGGAAAUGGUCACGCGAGUAGAGCAGCUGCAUGUCUCGGACAUCCUACGGGCAAACAAAGUAACCAUGUCAAAAGGCCUGGAACUCAGAGUUCCCUUCCUAGAUACCAAUUUCGUUGACUACGCCAUGUCCAUAAGACCAGAGGACAAGAUACCCGGACCACUUAAUUCCUUUACAGGUACUCAAAGUUACCGCAUAGAAAAAUACAUUUUGCGCAAGGCAUUCGAAAAUGACUAUUUGCCAGCCGAUGUCCUUUGGCGUCAAAAGGAACAGUUUUCUGACGGAGUUGGCUAUGACCUGAUAGAGGCCUUACCUCAUUUUGCAGAAAUGCACGUAAGCGAUGGUGAUUUUGCUACUGCUUCCACUCGUUUUCCCAUCAAUCCGCCAAAGACCAAAGAGGCAUUCUACUACAGGCGCAUAUUUGAAGAAAUGUUCCCUGGUGACGCAGCAGCACUGACAGUUGAAAAAUGGGCACCGCGAUUGGAUUGGGGUUGCCCCGAGGACCCAUCUGGCCGAGCUCAGGAGGCGCAUGCAAAUAAAUUCAAGCAAUAUCUUUAACUGUACAAAAAGUGUAUUAAAUUAACUUAUUUACAUAUUCAUGUAUGCUCGUAUUCGUAACAUGUCAUGUACAUAUCGCCUUGCGAUUGUGCACAUUUCUCUACACAGUCCUCACUGUAAAUGUAAAUCGCCAGAGCCAAUUCAAAAUCUCAAGCGCAAUAAUUAUCUAUCCCUUGUCUAAAGUCUCCCAUCCGUAGUCGUGUUUUAUUAAUUUUACGAUCAUGUAUUGUAGAUAUGUUAAUUGAACAGUUCACAAAUAAAUUUAACAUUAUGUUUAUUUCAAUAAAUAAAAUGUCUCAAGGAAUUUAUGCCAUAUAUGCUAAUCCCCGUUUGUGAGCCAAUAUAGUGUCUAGAAAGAAUAUCGCCAUGCUA